GGCAAAAAGUAAACUCUACACUCCGUCUCUCUCUCCCACUCCGGCACUCCCACAGCCACAACCACAAGCAGCACACCAACAUUGCUUUUGCGAGACUGCACGCAGCGACUGCACUCCGUGACUGUGAGUUCGUGUCCGUCUGUAGUCUGCUCUCUCACACUUUAGCACAGACAGUAGUGAACACCAAAUUUCUGCUCAUCUCUCACUGCGAGAAGCUUCACCUCUUGGCUCGACCACCAUCUGCCACUUUCUUCAAAUUAUGCACAGUCCCGCACUCGGCCAGCAGAUUCCAACUCUGUCUCUCUCUUGUUCCAGACUUCGGACUUCCAGACCUAAGACCCCUGUUGCAAGCUUGUCGAGUGUCGACUAUCUGCCACUCCAUUGGCCACUGCUUUAGCCUUUGGAGUAACUUCCCUACCUAUUCGAUAAUAAUUUUUCUGAAAUGAAUAAUAGCUUCCGCCGGCUCAAUAAAUUUAAUACUUUGUUUUGUUUGAUUACACGACUGCACAAGCCACAAGGGAAAAAUAAAUAAUAGCUUUCGCCGUCUGCCAUCUUCUUGAAUCUUGAAGUUGAAGGUGUGUCCAUUCUAUUUGCAUUCCUGAUUGAGAUUGUGAUUGGCUGAGUUAGUGAUUUGUUAUUAAUUGUUUUUUCUAAUUUUUGAUUUAGUUUCCAUGUAAGUUGUAACUGUGUUUUCGAUUUAGGGAUUUUUUGAUUUAGGAAUUUAGGGAUUUUUGAUUUAGGGCUUUCUUAUUUAUUUGUGAAUUGACUUAGGAAGAGUGAAACUUUGUUUGAAUUUUGUUAAGUAUGAUUGAGAUUCUUAGAAGAAGAAACUGAUUUAGGGAUUUUUUUUGAUUUAGGAAUUUAGGGAUUUUUCGAUUUAGGGCUUUCUUAUUUAUAUGUGAAUUGAUUUAGGAAGAGUGAAACUUUGUUUGAAUUUUGAUAGGUAUGAUUUAGAUUCUUAGAAGAAGAAACUGAUUUAGGGAUUUCUAAUGUUGUCGAUUUUUUGUUUGUAUCAGUCAUGGAGAAAUACUUUAAACGUAAAUCUAUGUCUUCCUGUGAUGAGCAAAAUGUCAGUGAAAGGAACGAUCGAGAGAAAAGGGAUCAAAAUAAUGUUAAUGUUAAUGUUAAUGUUGAUGUUGAUGUUGAUGUUGGGGAUGUUGAUGUUGGAGAUGUUGGGGGUAUUGGAGAUGUUGGGGAUGUUGGGAACGUUGGUGGUAUUGGAGAUAUUGGGGAUGUUGAUGUUGCACAGCUUCCCUCAGAUCCUGGAUUAAGAGUUUCAAUACAGAAUUAUGAUAUUAACGUUCGAGACGUGAUUCAAAGAGCAUAUGUGCAAAGGGGUCUUUGUCAGUCUCGCAAUCAUGCGUUUCCACCCACAAGAAUGGGUAACAAAGACAAGUGAUUUUGUAUUUCGUGGUAUAAUGAGUAUCCUACUUAGUUGGAAUAUAGUAUAGCAAAAGAUGCAGUUUUUUGCUUUUACUGCUAUCUUUUCAGUUUGAGUGGUGGUUCAUUUGUUAAAGAAGAAUUUUCAAAUUGGAAAAAGAAAGAAUAUAUUAGAAAACAUGUUGGGGCUUCAUGUAGUGCACACAAUCAAGUUCGGGUUAAAUAUAAAUUGUUCAAGAAUAAAAAACAAAGUAUUUGAACCUAUCUCAUUAAGCAAUUGCUUCAAGCUCGAACAGAUUAUCGAAUUCGAUUGAAUGCGUCAAUUGAUUGUGUUAGAUUUCUUGUACGACAAAGGCUGGGAUUUCGUGGACAUGAUGAAUCUGAAUAUUCAAACAAUCAAGGAAACUUUCUUGAACUAUUGCAUUGGUUGUGCAAUCAUAAAUGCUAAGAUUAAGGUCGUUGCUUUGACAAAUGAACCCGAGAAUUGCAAAUUAACAUCACUGAGAGUGCAAAAAGAUAUUGUAAGUGCUAUUGCUUAUGAAUGUCCACGUGUGAUUAUCAAAGAUGUUCGUGAUAGUUUCUUCUCAAUUUUAGUUGAUGAAUCUUGAGACGUUUUAGUGAAGGAGCAAAUGUCAGUUGUCAUUCGUUAUGUGAAGAAUGGGUGUGUAUUGAAACAUUUUAUUGGUGUCAUUCAUGUUUCAAGUACCAUAGCUCCUCACUUAAAGCUGCAAUUGAUCAAUUAUUUUCAACACAUAGCUUAAGCAUAUCUAAUUUGAGAGGUCAGAGAUAUGAUAGAGCUAGUAACAUGCAAGGUGAGUAUAAUGGCCUCAAAGCACUAUUUUGAAAGAAAACUCAAGUGCUUACUACAUUCAUUGUUUUGCUCAUCAACUUCAACUAGCACUUGUAGCUGUGGCCCAGAAACAUCCAAAGAUUGAAAUGUUAUUCACUACAAUACACAAAUUAGUGAAUAAUGUUAGGGGAUCAGCUAAAUAGAGUAAUCUUAUUCGAGAGAACGAAAGAUUGAAAAUUUUUGAAUCACUCAGUGUUGGUGAAAUAUCAAGCGAACGGGGUCUCAAUUAAGAAAUUACACUUCAGCGUCCUGUGAUACACGUUAGAACUCUCACUAUAGUUGUUUGAUUAACUUAAUUGUCAUGUUUCCAACCAUAGUCGACGUUAUUGAGAGGAUAGCUUCUGACACUACAAGUACUGGAACAAGAUGUGAUGCAUGUAUUUCAUUGGAGAUGAUGUUAAGAUUUGAAUUUGCAUUUAAUCUACAUCUCAUAAAAAUGAUUUUAGAGAUUUCAAAUGAAUUGUCUAAAGCUUUACAAAGAAAAGAUUGGGAUAUUGUCAAUAGUAUGAGAUUUGUGUAAAUAUGUAAAGCUCAGCUCCAAACCAUAAGGGAUGAUGGAUGAGAUUCUUUUUUUGGACUGGGUUGUUCGUUCUGUGAAACUCAUAAUAUCAAUGUUCCCAAUAUGGAUUAUAUGUUCAUAAAUCUAGGUCGUUCACAGCGUGAGACAGUGACAAAUUUGCAUCAUUUUCGGGUAGAAAUGUUUUAUGCCAUCAUUGAUAUGCAAUUUCAAGAGUUUAAUGAUCAUUUUUCUGAGGUGAACAUUGGCUUGCUCUUUUAUGUUGCGUGUUUGUCUCCAAAUAACAUUUACUGCUUUUGACAAGACAAAAGUGUUGCGACUAUGUCAGUAUUAUCCAAUAGAUUUUGAUGCAGUAGAUAUCUUCGAACUUGAUGAUCAAUUAGAUACAUAUAUUCUUCAUAUGCGCACUUUCGAAGAUUUUGAAGGAUUACAAGGUAUUAGUGAUCUUACAUAGAAGUUGGUUGCGAACAAUAAACAUAAGGUGUAUCCAUUAGUCUACAAGCUUGUGACAUUAGCUUUAGUUCUUACCGUGGCUACUGCUACAGUUGAGAGAGCAUUUUCUGCGAUGCCUUAUGUCAAAAAUCGUCUAUACAAUCGAAUCGGAGAUCAAUGGUUAAAUGAUAGUUUGAUUGCUUAUAUUGAGCAAGAUAUUUUUUAUAAGAUUGAAAAUGAUGUAAUUGUAGACUGUUAUCAAAGUAUGAGAACAUGUUGACAACAAUUGUAAGAAGAUAUCUCGUACUUUAAAUUUUUCGUCACUUUUUUGGAAAGUUUGAUUGUGACCCCCUGGUUCGAAAUGUCUGCGUCCGCCCCUGUGUAUAUGCUUGUUUUUCAAUACUAAUAUUUAUGUUGAUGGCGCCAUAAUUUUUCUCUAAAAUGACAUCCAUGCUUCCAGUUUGUCCUUUACUUCCACAGUUUUG